UCUCUGCUCAAUAGGGAAUCUGCUUCUUCCUCUCCAGCUCCCCUGUGUUUGUGUUCCAUCUUUCACUAUUUCUCUUUGUCAAAUAAAUAAAUAAAAUCUUAAAAAAAAUAUUGAGCCAGUAUGUACUAACGGAAAACCACAUUUGGUGGUGAGGCAUUAUUUUUAUAUAUUGCUUUGCUUGUAACAUUUAUUUUAAAAAUAAUAAUUGAAAUAGGUGUUAUGAUUUGUUACUACUUAAAUCUUGGAACACAUUUCAAAAUCGUGACUCACUUGUUUGUUUAUUAAUUCAAUCAGCAAAUAGCUGGCAGUUGUAUACCAGGCAUUGUUUUAAGUGCUGGCAGUUGGAACCUUGACCAAAAUCUAGGUCUGCUCUUAAAAUAAAUUCCUCACUAGAAUGUAACAAAAUAUCAGAUCAUGGCUAUCAGGAACAAUAAGCAUUAUAAGGGAAUGGAGUGUCAUGAGUUGAGUGGCUAUUUUACAUAUAUUAGUCAAGCUGAGAUUCUGAUGAGGGGAUUGUAGAGCAGAAUAUGAAUGGAGGGUGCCAGCCGUAUUAUCUGUGGAAAAUUGUUCCAAGCUGAGAGAAUUGCAAGUACAAAGACCCUGAGGCAGGGACUAUCUGGUGUGUUUCAAGAAUAGCACAGAGGCCCGUGUUGCUGGAGUGUUGCUGGAGUGUCCCUGAAGUAAUCAGGGACCUGAUAACGUAGAACUUUGUAGGCCGUGGAAAGGGCGACUUUGGAUAUUAUUCUGAGCAUAAUGGUAAACACUUACUUAUUCACCAGAUAUUUACUGAGCAUCUGCCAUAUGUCAGAUACUUUUUCACGUUGAUGGUCCUUGGAGUUAUUGUGUGUUCAGCUCUAGACCAGCAAAGCAAAGCAAAUAUUGCAAUAAAUCUUUUUCACCCAGGUAACAAAGUUUAUAGUUGAAACUCAGCUUCUCUUAAACCACCACUCUUUGUUCUGUUUUAUGGAUCUUACCUGAUGUGCAACUACUGUUACAGAUUUGGAUUCCAGUAAUUACCUGCAGGAUUCGCCAUGACCCCAGCUCUGAGGGAGGCAGCAACAAAGGGUAUCUGCUUUUCAUCUAUAUCAAGUACCAUGGAGUCCGACAAGAUGCUAUGCAUGGAAAGUGCAAGAACUGUAGAUGAAAAGCUCAAGGGAGACACUUUGUCUCAGAUGCUGGGAUUUCCAACUCCUGAACCUACUCUUAACACUAACUUUGUGAAUUUAAAACAUUUUGGCUCCUCUCAGUCUUCAAAACAUUAUCAGACUGUUCUUUUAAUGAGUUCUAAUUCUGCAUUAAAUAAAUACAGUGAGAGUUACAAACAAAGGAAAUUAGGGGAACCCAACUGCAAUAAGCUGAAAAACAUACUGUGUAAUGGCAGCAACAUUCAGCUUAGUAAAAUCUGUCAUUCUCAUUCUGAAGAGUUCAUCAAAAAGGAAGUGCUGUCAGAUACCACAAGCCAGUGCAUGACAGAUGUACAAAUUAUUUUGGAUUCAAAUAUAACCAAAGACACUAAUGUAGAUAAAGUACAACUGCAAAACUGCAAAUGGUACCCAAAGAGUGCACUUUUGGAUAAAGUUACUGAUGCUGAAAUUAAAAAGGGUUUAUUGCACUGUGCUCAAAAGAAAAUUGGGCCUGGCCACUCCAAUGUGCCUAUUAGUCUCUCAGUUGCUGAGAAAGAGGAGGAAGUGAACGCUCGUUUACUUCAUUGUGUAAGUAAACAGAAAAUUUUACUUAGCCAGGCUAGAAGAACUCAGAAACAUUUGCAGAUGCUUCUGGCAAAGCAUGUUGUUAAGCACUAUGGUCAACAAAUGGAAUUUUCUCUGAAACAUCAACUCCCCCAAAUGAAGAUCUUUCAUGAACCUACCACAGUUUUGGAUAGCAGUUUAUCUAAUUGCACUGAAAUUAAUCCAGAAGUCAACAUGUUGACUGCAGAGAAUAAGUUGUGGAGGGAUACGAAAAAUGGCUUUGCACGGUGUACAGCUGCAGAAAUCCAAAGAUUUGCACUGUCUGCUACAGGGCUGUUGUCUCAUGUUGAAGAAGGUCUGGAUUCUGAUGCAACUGAUAGCAGCUCUGAUGACGAUUUGGAUGAGUAUACCAUUAGAAAAAAUGUGGCCGUUAACUGUAGUACUGAAUGGAAGUGGCUUGUGGACAGAGCGAGAGUUGGCAGCCGAUGGACAUGGCUUCAAGCCCAGAUUUCAGAACUAGAGUACAAAAUCCAGCAACUAACAGAUGUUCACAGGCAGAUUCGUGCAUCCAAGGGGAUAGUGAUCCUAGAAGAAUGUCAACUUCCAAAAGACAUUUUGAAGAAACAAAUACAAUUUGCUGACCAGGCGGCUUCAUUAAAUACUACAGGGAAUCCCCAGAUUCCUCAAGAGAGUCCAGAUCCUUUACCAGAACAAGAUUUUGAAAUGUCACCAAGUAGCCCAACACUUCUUCUUCGCAAUAUAGAAAAACAGAGUGCACAGUUGACUGAGAUCAUCAACAGUUUGAUUGCCCCUCUCAACUUGUCCCCAACUUCAUCGCCCCUAUCCUCCAAAUCCUGUAGCCAUAAUUGUCUGGCUAAUGGCAUUUCCAGGAGUGCUUCAGAGAAUUUAGAUGAGCUCUCUUCCUCCAGUAGCUGGUUACUUAACCAGAAGCACAAUAAGAAAAGGAGAAAAGACAGGACAAGAUUGAAAUCUCCGUCCUUGACUAUCAUGAGUACAGCUGCUCGAACAAGGCCACUUCAGAGUUUCCACAAACGAAAACUCUACCGAUUGAGCCCUACUUUUUAUUGGACUCCGCAGACUUUGCCUUCAAAGGAAACAACGUUUUUAAAUACCACACAAAUGCCUUGCUUGCAAUCAGCUUCAACUUGGAGUAGCUGUGAACACAAUUCCAAAUCUCAGAUACUAAGAGAACAUGUAUCAGAAUUGGACUCCUCUUUCCAUUCUGUACUGUCGUUGCCAUCAGAUGUGCCUCUUCAUUUUCACUUUGAAACAUUGUUUAAAAAGACUGAAAUAAAAGGAGAUCUUGCUGAAAAUAAAUUUGUAGGAGACUGUGUCAUAUCUCCAUCACCUGUACAUAAUACUUCUCUGAAUCAAUGGAGAAAUGGAUAUUCUCCUACUUGCAAGCCUCAAAUAAGGUCAGAAUCUUCUGCACAUUUGUUCCAGGGAAGAAAGAAGAGACACUUGAGUGAAACAGCAUUAGUUGUGGCUUGUUGCUGCUGCCCAGCAGAAGUAUCCUGUUGCAUAAUGCUAGCCCAGAAAAAGGUCAAAAUUCAAGGAGAAAGAACCAGAUUUGAAGAAUUUGCUUUUCAACGCACAGAACCAGGAUCCCAUAGCAAUUUUACUGCUGUUACUAAUGUCAAUGUUAUAUCAAGAACCCAGAAUUCAUCAUCACAAAAUACUGCACGACGGAGACUGAGAAGUGAGAGCUCUUACGACAUAGAUAAUAUUGUGAUUCCCAUGUCAUUAGUUGCCCCAGCUAAGUUAGAGAAACUCCAAUACAAGGAAAUACUUACUCCAAGCUGGAGGAUGGCUGUUCUUCAGCCUUUGGAAGAAUACCAUGUAGGUGAAGAGGUAGAAGAUCUUUCUGAUGAAGUCUUCUCCCUAAGACACAAAAAAUAUGAAGAGAGAGAGCAAGCCAGAUGGUCACUAUGGGAACAAAGCAAGUGGCACAGGAGAAACAGCAGAGCCUACAGUAAAAAUGUGGAAGGACAGGACUUGCUUUUGAAAGAAUACCCUAGUGACUUCAGUGGCGGCCAGCACUGUGCUGCUGGAAGUCCUGCUGAGCUCUCUUCAGAGAGCCAGGAUCUUGGUGCACAGGGCUCACCUUCGUUAAAUGAAAGUCAAGAAAUCAAGUCUUUGUGGUGGGAACGACGGACUUUUCCGCUGAAGGACGAAGACACAGAAGCCUUACUAUGCCAGGAUGAAAAGAAGGAUCACAGUGAAAGUUUGAGCCCAGCCUCCCGUGGUGAAAUCUUCUGUCCCACUGCCCCAGAGAACAGUCAGCAUCCAAAAAGGCAGGCAGACGAAAUGGAAGAGUACAAACCUUUUGGUCUAGGACUUACUCAUAUUAAAAGAAAUAGGUGACAGGGAACAGGUUUAAAAAAGUAUGUACGUGAAUGGAAAACGGGGGGAAAAAAAAAGCCCUGCUUUCCAUCCCCCACCCCUUCAGUCACAGUUCCAGAGUAAGAGCAUGUACUGCAUGUAUUAAUCUUCGAUGCUGUUAUAAAACAGGCAAGGUAGGUCUUUUUCCUUCUUGAACCACAGGAAUAACUAGCUUUUCACCUACAAGACAAGUGCUAGUCUUUUGUGUUUAUGAUGCAAAUCACAAGCACCAAAAAAUUAACUGCUGCAAUCUGUUGUUAAAUCACAUUACUGGGUAAAUGACUUUUCAAAGACUGUGUGUGUGUGUGUGUGUGUGUGUACACACACAUCUACACACACACACACAUAUACACCUGUGCAUCAAAUGACAACUCUUUCCUGUACAUUUCUAUGUAAUUUCUAGGGUGAUUCAUUAAAAUUACUUCAGAAAUAUAUUAUACACAUAUGUGUGUAUAGCGUAUACAUACCUAUAUACACAAUCAUUUUUAAAAACACUGGCAGCGACCACUCCACUUGAAAAUGCAUGUAUGAACUACCCCAUGAAAUGUAAGCUGUACCCUAAACAAAGCACAGGUUCCAGUGAUAAUAGGUAUCUAAAAGUCUUGGCUAAGGGGAGAUAAUUUUUUAAAAAACACGUUUAACCAACAGAAGUUAUUUAUGGAAAUUUCUAUACAAGAUAACACAAUAUGCCUUUAUCUAAAAUCACUGUUAUCUGUUAGACUAAGGGUUACUUUCCAUUCGCUCCUAACAGAUGAAGGAAGACAAACAAAGUAGAGUUAAAUAUUGGUCUCUUUGAAAACCUGAAUUUUAUCUAUUUUAUGUAUCUCAUGGAGAGAAGACACCAACUUAAAAUAAGCAACAGGAAAGUCCUAUCAGUAUAUAACAGUAUAAAAAACUGUUGUAUUUCUAGUUAAUUUGGUUAUUCCUUACUCUAGCUCACUCAAUUCAAAUAAGCAUCUAUUCUUACUUGUAUCCUAGAGUGAGAAAAUUUUUCAAAGGAUAACGCUUCAAUACUGAAUACAGGAGGGUACAUUAAGGAAAGUUCCUUUUGAAGCUAACACAUAACUUUCUCUAUGUAAAAGCUGAGGCAAUUUCUCUCAUAUAAAAAAAAAAGGUUAUUCAAGUUAUACUACCCAUAGAACUGACAAUCCUGGCCAUCUGGCCUAGUCGGGGGGGGGAUUUGACACUAAGUUUUUUGUUAGGGAUUGGAAAUUAUACUAGUCCCUUUAAGGAAGGAAAAAAAUGCAAAUUCAAUACUGACAAAUUUUUGCUGUAGUUUUACUGUACAUUUAUUUUUAAAAAAGGAAACAAAAGCCAGACAAACCCAAGUUGUCUAGGCAAAUAAGCUCAAAUCUUUGUCAUGUCCGACAUUAUAAUCUUCUAUGUAAGUUUUUUAAUUAAAGUUAUUUCUAUAUGC